CCGCGAAAUCGACUCACUGUUUUCAAGUGUUGUUCAAACGGCGUGCGCGGGCGUGUGUGUUACGAAUAUUGUAAUAAUGGGUACACGUUAUUAUGGCAGCGAUAUUGUACGACCCCGCGCGAGCAUGUGCACCGGACGCAGAGUCGUUUUUCCGGUCAAACGCAGUCGCUCCGUCGUCGGAAACGGUCUUCCGGUGCGCGAUUGAUCGCCUGGCUGACGUGCCGUAGCAAUAUAAAUCGUGAUUUUCUCAAUUUCUCAUCAAUUUCAGUCCAACAUGGCUAGCGAAUCUUCCACUCGCGUUCUAUUGGUCACUGCGAACAUUGGGUCGAUAUUCGAAAAUCCAAGUGUGAUGUUAAAAAUAUGGACUGAAGAAUUUUUAAACACUGUGAGCAGAUUGGAUCCAUAUUUUAUAGCCUUGCAUUGUCAAGAGGUUGGUGGGAAAAAUUAUGAAGAAAGCAUGAAACACGUCAGUUUUUUUGUUAGUUUAUUGAUGACGAGCAAAGAAUUAAGGAUCUUCAACAGAGCCCAAGUAUUUCUUGAUGAAGAAUUCACAUCAGCAGAAAAUUUUACAGCUUUAGGGAACUUUUAUUUUAUACACGAAGCCAUAAAAGAAGCAUCUUUAUGGGAUUUUAAUGAACAAGAGUUUUUACCUGUCACCGAAAGAACCAUAUACUCUGGGAAUAUUGAACAUGUUUCCACAAAAGAAAAGUCAAAAUUUCCUCAAGAAUUUUUUCCUGAGUGUAAAUGGUCACGCAAAGGGUUUUUGAGAACUAGAUGGAAGCUAAAUGGUUCUGUAUUUGAUCUCAUAAAUAUUCAUUUGUUUCACGAUGCUUCAAAUUUUACUGCGAUGCAAUCUCACUCUUCUGUAUAUUCUGUCAUGAGACAAAAAGCACUUGAAUACACUUUAGAACGGUUUCGUAAUUAUGAUUUUGGAUUUGCUCCAUUUUUUUUAUUUGGAGAUUUUAAUUUUCGCACGGAUACUAAAGCUGUCAUAAUGAAAAUAGUUGAGGGGUUAGACAUGGUAAAAGAUGAUGUUGAUAAAGAUAACUUAGUUUUUCAGUAUACAGACAAUUCAAAAGAAGUUAUUUUUACUCUAAGAAAAAAAGAAUUUCGCCAUUUAGACCAUCAAAAUACAUUUAUGUCAAAAAGUGGAUCGUGGUUAAAAGAUUUUGAUCAUGAAUUAAAAUCAUUUGAAGAGCAAUUAUUUGAAUUUCCUAUUCAUUUUCAACCGAGUUAUCCAUUUGAAGAAAAUGAACACGAAGGAAUGAACUAUAUGCAAACCAGGUGCCCAGCUUGGUGUGAUAGGGUGGUUUUAAGUGCUGGUGCCAAACUUCUAAUAAAUGAAAAGGCGUUUGAAGAAGAUAAUUUUGGUGAAGUGGAAUAUGAUCUUAUUGGAAAGAAAACAUGCAUGGGAGAUCAUAAGCCUGUAUACUUGAAAUGUGACAUUAUGAACAAUGCAGGUUUUACAGAAGUAAAUGUCUGGGAAAGGACAUUGUUUGACUCUAAACUUCCCGAUGACAAGAACUUCGUUCACUUAAAGGAGACUACUGUUUAAAUCAAGAAAUAGGUAUAAUGUCGUAAAUGAAAUACAAUACCUUAAACACGAAAAGUUUAGCUGUAUAAUACAAAUCAACGUGCAUAUACGAUGUACAUAUAGUAAAUAGUAUACGUCAUAUAUUCAGAUAACUAUGUACUACGAUAUGUACAUACACAGACAUACCUACUGGUUAAUACAAUAAUAAUAUAAUAUUUACUAGGUAUGAUAACAUAAUAUAAUAUUAUAUAUUUAUUAUUUCAACGUUUUAACUUGUGUAUUACGUAGGUAUCUAUCAUAGGUACGUAUAUAUAUCGUAUAAAUUAUUAACUAUAGUUAACUAUUUUGUGUAUAGUCGCCUGCAAAUUAAAUUAAAUUAAUGAGAAUUAGUUCCUUUAUUUUACUUAUAAUGUCUAGUAGUCUUCUCCGUGCAUAGGCUGUGUGUUUAUUCUGCAUUCUAUUACGUUCAUAAUAUUAUACUUUUUCCUAUUCGAAUUAAAUUUGGCUGUACAAUAUUUACGUAACUGAUUAACAGCGUGUUAUUAGUAUGUGUUACGACGUCAGACGCAUGUAUAAAUUACAAGUUCAAUUUCAAUUAAACGAAUUGUGGCUAAAAAUUUUGUUGAAACAAAACAAUAAAAAAAAAAUAUUAUUAUUAUGACAUAAAUGUAAUUGUAAUAUUGAGAUUAUGUAUUAAUAUUUAAAAUUAUAUAUUUGAGCGAUUUUAUUGUCGUUAUUCAUUAUGAAUAAUAUAAAAAUUUGAUGAAAUUUAAAGUACUCAUGUAGCCAUGUAAGUAAUUAAUUGUUUUGCAUCAAAACUUUCCGUUAGGAUUGAUUAUUAAUUGGUUUUAAAAAUAAUUGUAUACAACUAGAUGGUGCGCUGGUAAAAAGGAAUAUGUCAAAAUCACUGCUUUUCAGGAAACGAAAAAAUAAAAAUAUAGUAUCAUUUCUGCUUAAUGUGCAAAAUUAUUGAUUUUUCAUUUUUUCACAGAUGAUUUGAAAUGUAAAAAAAUACAAAACUCAUGAUGAUGAAAACUACGUAUAGGAGCAGAUACGUAACGUAAAAUAGUAGAAAAAAUAAAAAUUGAUCCUUUUACCAGUGUACCGCCCAACUAAACAUAGAUACUAAUAUUUGUAGUUGCUGUUAAAAUAAAUAGUAUUAUAUUAUUUUGCUACGCACGGAUGUCGCGGACAAUUUUAAGUUUGAAAAUUUUACCUAAUAAUAAUAAUAAUUAUUAUUAUUAUUAUUAUUAUUACCACGUUGUUCACAAUUUACAGCUGAUAUUAUUUGAUAUAUAUAGGUACCUAGGCUUGUAAUUAUUUUUAAAAUCGAUUUUUAGACUCACGAUAUCGAUUAAUACAUAAUGCGUAUUAUGUAUUAUAUUUCUUCAAUGUCCAAUGUCCAUUGACGUCUAAUAAUAUUAUAGUCAAAUAAUUAAUAUUGUGUACAUAACACGCAUCAUAGGUAUUAUUGGUACCUUUAUAUGCCGUCCAGAAUUCUUAAAGUUUCGAAACAAUAAUAAAGGAUUCAUCAUGUUAUCAAAGCGAUAAAAAGACCUCAAACGCCUUUAAAUAUAGGUAUUAUUAAUUUACCUUUCUAUUUACAAUAUUAUUAUAUUAUUAUACAGUAUAUUCGGCCACAAAGUCCACUGCGCAUAUUGUCUGCAUACUAUGCGAAAUUGAUAUAUUUUGAUGUAUCGCGCAAAUGUUAUGUCUCAUAUAUUAAUAAUAUUAUAAUAAUAUCGUAAGUCGGUAGGUAUCUAUCUAUAUUUAUUAAUUAUUAUCGUGUAUAUACAUAUUAUACUACACAUUUAAUCUGUUAUUGAUGUUAAAUAAUUUAAAUUAUUAGGAUUAUUACAACGCGGCGUUGCAUCACUUCUCAUUAGACUUUAACUUUAUUUAUCAAUGAGUAGAAUUUAUGUAGGUACGUAAGAAUGGUAUUAAGCUACCUACAUAUUAUAUUGGGUAUGUCCUGCAGGGGCGGCUCCAGCGACAUGGUUGGUGGGGAGUGGGGCGGGGGUAAGUCAUAAUUUUCAGAAAGCUUUCGUUGUUGUAAUAUGUUUUUUGUAAUUUUGUUGUUAUCAAUAAACAAUUACUGGGUAAGAAAUUAAAAGGUAAACUUUCAAGGACCCCCCCUCCUUGGAGCCGCUCCCGCGUACGUUAUGGAUUUUAUUCACAUCACACUUGUGGUCAGUAUAAUUGACAUAUAAUAUAGGUAGAUAAAUAUAUAAUAUAUUGUAUUAUAAUGCCACCAUUUCGAUUUUGAACGAAAGGCGGUCACUCGUAUUUUUUACCUAUUAGUUAUUACUUAUUACCUAAUAUUAUUAUUAUUUAUUUGUCAUUAUACCUAUACUCAUAUCGUUCUAUGCGGUUAUGAUUAAUUACUAUUAUUGUAUAUUUUAUUUAUUUGUUUUAUUGUUAUAGUUUUAUUAUUAUUAUAUUAUUUAAUCGUGGCGAUUCACGCAUUAGCCACACACUGAUGUAAGCAGAUGUGUGAAAAUUUAUUAUAUGUACCUACCUAUAGCCUAUACGACGUGAUCGUGAAAACUAUGUACCUAUUUCGCAUAGGAGAAAGAUUUAAUCAAAACGGUAUACGGUGACAAUCAAAUAUUAAUUAAAAUGUACAAUUACGGUACGAUAUAUUAUAUGUAUUGUUUUGAAAAUCGUUUAUUUCCACGCACUUUCUGAUACCUACCUAUCUAAUAUAAUAUUAUGUAUACGACAUACGUGUUUGUUAAUUAUUUCGUUUUUAAAAUCAUAUUAUUAUAUAUUAAAGUAUUAAACUAUUAUACUAUAUCGAUAUAGUUAAUUGUGACUAUAUAGUGUUAAUUUUAAGUAUGUAUUUAUACACACCUAUAUAAUAUACAGUAUAUAUACUAUAAACCUGUCCUUUAUAUGUACCUUAUACCAACUAUUGUAUUUGUUGUAUUAAUAAAAUGUUAAAUGAUAAACA